AUGACUGGCGGAGUCUCCGUUCGCGAUGUCGAUGCGCAGAAGUUCAUCGACGCGUACGCUAGCUUCUUGAAGCGACAGGGCAAGCUCCCCAUUCCCGGUUGGGUCGAUACCGUCAAGACCGGUCCCUCGCGCGAGCUACCCCCCCAGAACAUCGACUGGUUCUACGUCCGCGCCGCCAGCGUCGCCCGCCACGUCUACCUACGCAAGACCGUCGGUGUCGGCCGUCUCCGCAAGGUCCACGGUACCGCCAAGAACCGCGGCACCCGCCCCUCCAAGCACGUCGACGGCUCCGGCUCCGUCGACCGCAAGAUCCUCCAGGCCCUUGAGAAGAUCGGUGUCCUUGAGCAGGACGAGGAACAGGGUGGCCGACGCAUCACCCAGUCCGGCCAGCGAGAUCUGGACCGAAUUGCCCAGACUACUGCUGAGGCUGAGGAGGAAGAGGAUGAAGAGUAA